AUGAAGACGUGGGAGGCCUUCGGCGCCGGCCUGGCCGUGGUGGCCUCCAUCGUCUCGAACCUGGGCGUGAACAUCCAAAAGUACUCGCACCUGAGCGAGGCCGCCAAGCCCGUGCACGAGCGCCGGCCGUACGUGCGGCGGCCCGUGUGGUGGGUGGGCUUCGCGCUCGUGGCGCUCGGCAGUCUGGGCGACUUCGCGGCCUUCGGUUUCGCCACGCAGUCGCUGGUGGCAGCGCUGGGAGGAGGCGCAACGCUUGUUGCCAAUGUCAUCACGGCGCAGUGUCUAAACGGAGAGAGAUUGUACAAGACGGAUGUCGGUGGGGUGUUUUUCGUUAUUCUGGGAGUGGUGAUCAUCGCGUGGAUCGCCGAGCCGAACGUCGAGUACCCUCUGCCUGAACUCGAGCAGAGAUUCGUCCGAACGCCUUUCGUGGUGUACAUUACAUGUGUGGGAGUUUGUGCCGUGAGCAUGUUGGCCACCAUCAAAGGCUCAGUUGCCAAUCGGCUCAAGAACCAGGUCUACUGGUCCAACAAACGCCAGAAGAAGCUCAUGAAGCAAUUCGAGAUUCGGGUCCAGCGACUAGAGCAACGUCUGCUGGACAUGGAGGUGAAGCUGCUUCAAGUCACCACUUCACCUUCGCCACUACCGACAGGGCUCAUAAACCCGCCAGCCAUGAGCAGGGAACUCCGAGAGCUGAUCGACUCGACCAACGCGGAGGACGCUGAAGCAGACGAAGAGGCUGCAGCCAGGGAGUCGCGCGUGCCGUACUACUACGCCAUCUGCUCGGGCAUCGUGGGCGCCAUGACGGUGCUGCUGGCCAAGUGUUCCGCCAUCAUGAUCGCGCUGACGCUCAAGGGCGACAACCAGUUCCGAUACGGCUUGACGUACAUCUUCCUGGGCGGCAUGUUCGUGUGCGUCCUCGUGCAGACGCACUUCCUCAACAUGGCCACGGCUUUGGGGGACAUCAUGACCGUGUUCCCCAUCUUCCAGGCCUGCUGGAUCACCUUCAGCGUCGUCGGUGGGGCCAUCUUCUACCAGAACGACGAUGAUCCGUUCCCUACGGUAGACAAAGUGUUCUAUCCGCUCGCUUUGCUGGCGAUUGCGGUGGGUGUCGGACUGCUGGUGCAGCACAACUCCUCGAGCUCGGACGACGAUGACGACAUUCUCUUGAGUGUCGAUGCUUCCAUGAGCUCGCCUCUGCUUCCGGCGGGCUCGCGGGAAGACGAGGGUUACCUGCACCUCAGCGCGUAG